AUGAUGCUGGGCGCCCUCCUCAUGGCAGGUUAUAAGACUGUGACAGUCCGUUCUUCAGACAAGCCACCAGCCAAACUCGCUGCCAUCCAGUCAUUCUCCGACCCCAAGUCAGACACGCAAAUAUUUAUUGCAAAUAUUAAUAUCAUGUCGACUGGUGUUAAUCUUCAUCACGCGUGCGAUCGAGGAAUUCUGGCCACCUUCCAUUUUAAUGCUAAAACACUCCAACAGGUUCACGGUCGUCUCAACCGUUUGGGACAAAAGCAGGCCGUUAUUUGGCACAACAUAAAGGUGAAAGAUUCAUUUCAUGACCAUCAAGAGCGCAUGCUCUUGAUGAAAUGGGUCAAACAACUUUCUGCUGAGUGCAACUUGCCCGAAUGGAUGACGGGAGCUCUACGUGAACUUAUGUUGUACGAGCUUGUCCGUUCCUACUUCAAUCAACCAUUCAAUCGCUACGGUUGGGUCAUUUUAUCUGGGCGAGACGGAAAGCAAAUGGACUACUACUCUGAGGAGUCUAUUAAGCUAGGAUACGCCUGCUCACUCGUCGCGAAACUCAUCCUGAUCUCCGAAAACCAACCCUACUACACUGAGCACGACGACUACCUGGCUGUUGCUAUGUUAGACCUGGUCGCCAGCCAGCCCAUGAGUGUGUUCGAGGAGUGGCUUACUUUCGCGGAAGGCCGGCUCCGAGUGGUUCUCGAACUGAGGCUCACAAAAUUCAUCGAAGAGGCCAAGAAGGCGAAGGGGGAGCAAGCGCAAUUUUACCGUCGCAGAAUGGAAGAGCGCCAGAACGCCUUAGCUGAGGAAAUCGAGAUUGCAGACGACUACGACCCUGAUGGUGAGGUUUUAGAAGACGAGGACCUGGAUUUCGCUUCGGACACCGAGGACGCUGCUGUUACACCCGACGAUGUUGACGACACUGUCGCUCAAGAACAACUUGAAGUCGCACCCGAUGCUGUGAAGGACGUUAUUGCUGAGGAUCCUGCUGAAGCUGCCCAGGCUGAGGUCAGCGUUGCCGCCCAGGAGCCCACUGAAGCUGCUCAGGAUGAGGUCAGCGUUGUCGCCCAGGAACAUAUUGAUGCUGUCCCGGCAGAGCAUGAUGCUGCCGCUGAAGGAGAGGUCGAUGCGACCAACAAAGAAAAGACCGCCUCUGCUAAUGAAGGAGAGCAAGAUGGUGUCGAAGAAGGGGGUGCUUCAGACGCGCCUCCCUCCAACCAGGAGGCCAUUGAGUAG